GGGACUCCCAAUGGAUUUACUUUCAGUUUCAAAGCAAACUGGUCCAUUCACUAGUCACUCUCAUGACUGCUAUAUCUGUGCCGUCUCAUAUUUUGCUGAUUGGUCUUGCUUUUUGGGUUGAGACAGAUUCUAAUGUGCUCAAAGUGAUGGGCUUUGCAUUUGCAUUGUGGAAUCUCAUCCUCUCUGGGUGUCAUUUGUUACCCAAAAAAUUCCUUCCUAAAAAAAAUUACAAGCUUAGCUACCUCUUCCUUUUUUUGUCGUACUUUGGAUCUAGCAUUGUUGUUUUCAGCACAUGGAUCUCACAGAAUCGCCAUUUCUUGCAGAGUCAGAUAUCAGGAGUCUUCCUCUACAUAUUCAUUUUCGUUACUUUCUACUUUCAAUGGUCUACCCUACUGACUGUUCUGCUAACCGUAUUCUAUCUGGUAUCUUUUCUUCACCCUUUUACCACUUUUUUAAUCGAGGAGACUGUCUCCGUGUUUAUUAUGUUGGUGACGAUAUUCAUACUCUGUGCAUUUGCCCAUACUCUGAUCAACUUUCAAAAGAGCAUAGCUUUCCAGAAGAUUGAAAAAAGAGUUGCUGCACGUUUGAACAUUGAGAAAGAGAAUGCUAAAAUGGAAAAUCUCCUUCUGUCUAUCUUCCCGAAGGAUGUUGCUAAGAUGAUGCAGAAGGACCUCCAAAGCAGACAAGGCGCGACUAAUAAUGAGUCACAAUUUAGAAAGCUUUACAUGACUAGAUCUGCUAACGUGAGCAUUCUGUAUGCUGAUAUCAAGGGGUUUACAGCUCUGUCGUCUCAAGUGUCAGCUCAGCAGCUUGUGCAAACUCUCAAUGAGCUAUUUUCAAGAUUCGAUUCUCUUGCAGAGAUGAACCAUUGCCUUCGCAUUAAGAUUCUUGGUGACUGCUACUACUGCAUAUGUGGACUGUAUGACACCAACGCUGACCAUGCAGUGUUCUCCGUUCAAAUGGGUCUGCAAAUGAUAGAAGUUGUCAGUUUUGUGGCUGCAGAGACUGGUUUGGAGCUGAGCAUGCGAGUGGGAAUCCACACUGGCUCUGUACUCUGUGGACUGAUUGGUCAACACAAGUUGCAGUUUGACGUCUGGUCUAACGAUGUCACCAUAGCCAGUGCAAUGGAGGCUGGGGGAAUACCAGGCAAGGUGCAUAUCAGCCAAGCAACUCUUGAUGCAUUGCAAGGAGCUUAUAACGUCGAACCUGCCAAUGGAAAAUUCCGGAACAUUCUUCUGGAAGAGAAGAACAUUGAAACGUUCUUUGUUACCUCUAGGGUUGUCAAUAUACCUGUCACCACUCUUGACUUGGAGGAAGGAACGGUUGAUGUUCUCAAAGACCUACCCUCCAGCAACUCAAACGAUAUGUCUGAUUUCAGCGAUACUAGAAUUUCGAUUGAGAAUAUCAAAAUGCCCUCUACGAAUAUUAGUUUUGCCUUUAGUGAUGUUGAAUCAACUGGUAGCAAAACCUCUUCGGUGUGUCCCAAGCCCAUGUCCAAUGCUGACAUAUUUGUUACAAAGUCCCACAAAACGGUCAAGAAUGGAAGAGGUGGUAGGAACAAGAAAAAGACCAAAGGUGUGGUUGCUCUGUUUUCUGGAAACUAUGAACAGAGGAGAAAAUUUGGAGUGACGGACAUUUUGACCACCUUAGGAGUCACGAACCAUCACGAUGGUAGCUCUCAAAGUAGGACCUCCAUAGAACCCGUGGACCAAGAGCAGUACCUGUCCUUACUGGAGGAGGCCAUUACUGACUCGAGUACGGAUGAACUCUGGAAAAAGAAUGCGUACCGGCUCAGUCAGACCUUCAAAAAGGACACUCUCGAGUCUCAGGCAACAUGCACAUUUUUCUUUUCUAUAGGCACCACAUUCAAAACUUUGUAUACUUUUGUGAGGCAGCCAUUUCAACACAUGCCCUUCUUCUUCCUGCCUCUGCUGUGUGUUCAGUGCUUAUUCUACUCCAUCCAACUCAUCAUUUUGCCACGACAAAAGAUUUCAACUCACGUCUGCUUCAUACUCUCCAUUUUGGUUACUUUCGUUUUCUUCGUCAUCUCUAACUUUAACAAGGUACAAGGCAAUCGCCCCAUGUGUGAAAUGAAUUACUAUAUGAAGAACUUUCGACAUCUACGCUAUGGUAUCGUCAUCUUUGUCUGGCUGUUGGCUUUUAUUUGCAGCUACAUUGGAUUGGUGGAAUGUACUGCUGAUGCUCCUUUCUUGAAAAACUUUGACGAAUUGGACACACAAAAUCCUCGCUGCGAUUUUGCUUACUAUCACGAAGCACAGAUGGACGUAUACAUUAUCUUCAUUCUGCUACCUACAACGGACUUACCAGUGAUAGGACAGCUGAUUCCAGUACUGUAUGGAAUAUGGACAGCUUAUGGCUACACUCCAUUCCAUUUCUUUGAUACCUUUCUCCUCUUCUUUCAAAGAGCCGCGCUUGACAAUGUUGAUCAUGCAAUCAAUGAGAGAAUGAAGAGCUAUGGCUUCCAUCUUCUCAUCACUUCUGUGUGUGCUGUGCUGUGCCUCUUCAUUACCCGGCAGACUAACCACACUAGGAGACUCAACUUCCUUCAAAAAGUGGAGGUGCUGAAGAAGCAGAAAGAGACUGAGAUCAUUCAGCUGUACAACAGCACUCUUCUGAUGAGCAUUCUCCCAGCUCAUGUGAUCAAGUACUUUCUUAACUCAAAUCAUGAAUCAAUGGAUCUCUACUAUGACUCCCACCCUGAGGCUGGUGUUCUCUUUGCUUCAAUCCCCGACUUUGCAGACUACUAUAAUGAAGACGAGGAGAACAAUCAGGGCAUCGAAUGUAUGAGACUUCUCAACGAGAUAUUCGCCGACUUUGACGACCUUCUCAGCGACAAAAGGUUCAAUUGUAUUGAGAAGAUCAAGACUAUUGGGAGCACUUACAUGGUGGCCUCUGGAGUUAACCAGAAUAAGGUACAAAAUUGGAAACAUUUGGAAGUUUUGGUAGAAUUCUCAUUUGCCCUGAGAGAGAAAAUGGAUGCUAUCAACCACGAAUCAUGGAACGACUUCCAGCUUCGCAUAGGCAUCAGUCAUGGUCCUGUGGUGGCCGGGGUGAUUGGAGCUAAGAAGCCGCAGUAUGAUAUCUGGGGAGACACUGUGAAUCUUGCUAGCAGGAUGGAGAGCACCGGAGUCAAGGGGAAGACUCAGGUGACUGAAGAGGCACAGGUCCUUCUCUCCAAGCGAGGGUUUAUAUUCACCUAUAGAGGGAAAGUGUGCGUCAAAGGAAAAGGAUUGCUCUCAACAUGUUUUGUGAAGAGUCUGCCAUCAAAAAAAGAGAAGCUGCCUCAAAAGAUGAACUUCAAUUAACAAUUACUCGGUGAACAUUACCAGUGUGAAUAAUUAUUUUAGCGUCAAAAAAAUUACAUACUCCUCGUUAGAAUGCCCCAUCGUAGUCCUAUUUAGAGACACUUGCUGACC